UUCCCGGACAACCGCCGAAGUGUUCGGACGAUCGCCUAACACUCAUAGUGUAAUUGAGUCGCAAAUUCGUUAAAGACAAUAUAUUCUUAAGAGAUUGUGAGUGACUUUAUUUUACCUGGCUUCGCACACCUGCUUCUAUACCUAAAGCAUCAGCAACAUAUAACAAUUUUAAGGAAUGGUGAAAAGAAAACGGAAGCAUUUCAUUUUGGUCAUAUUAUUCCAUGCUGGGAGCUACUGUCAAUACAUUUAAUCUGAUUGACAUCAGCAAUUAUAAAAAAAUGUUGUAUUUUUUGAAGAGGAUAAGUUCAGGGUAUCGACCAAAAAGUCUUUAGUCUUCAUAAAAGAUAAAAUUUCAAAGUUUUUGUGCGAAGCACCAGAUCAAGUAUAUUUAUCAGCAAAGGUUAGUCUAAUAUUUGGAAUUUCUGGAGCGCUGAGGAGGCAAGAGUUUACCAAUAUUAAAAUCAGUGUCAUUACGGAAUCAGAUAAUCUGAUACUUGUGAGGAUUAAUGUUACCAAGAACAAACUGCCAAGAUUCUUUACGAUUACUGAUGAUUCAUAUGGUAUCUGCAAAAAGUAUAUGCAACUCAGCAGUGUCCAACAGAUAGAUUUUUUAUAAAGUAUAUGAAUGGUAGAUGUACUUAGCAACUGAUAGGUAUCAACACAUUUGGUGCACUGCUAUCUAUCACUAGUAUCUACUUAUUUGAAUUUGACUGAUGCGGAUACGUAUACAGGCCACAGCUUUCGAAGAACAUCAGCUACACUGUUAGUGGACGCAGGGAUUGACAUAACAUAACUGAAAAGGCACGGUGGCUGGAAAUCCACAACAGUCGUUGAAGGAUACAUAGCUGAUUCAUUGUGUAAUAAGAAGAGACUAAUUCAACAAAUAAGUUCUAGUAUUCAUUUGCCUAAAAACACCAAAAUUGCAAAUGUAAUAUCUGAUGCAGCACAAAUUUCUGUGGACCCACAGUCAAUUGUUGCAAAAAAAUCAGAUAGAGACUGAUGAAAAUGUCUGUUGCGAGACACCAUCUACAUAUUUCCAGUUUCAAGAAGUUUCAUCCUCUUACGAUAUCUCAUCCACAUCUUUUCAAAAUCAAUAAGUUUCAUCUGCUUGCGAAACACCAUCUAUAUCUCACCAGUUUCAAGAAGUUCAAGUACAAGAUCAGCAAGGUGUAACAUGCAAGUCCUAUAGUUAUCAUCUCCUGUCACAUCUACCUAGCAUUUAGUCGAUUCAAAAACUGUCUACACAACAUCCAAAAGUACUGCAACUGUAUAAAAAUCUAGUUGGACUACAGAAUCUCAACAGGAACACUAUCAGAAACUCCAUCGUUGACACCUAAACAACAUCCACUGAAAUUGAAACAGUGAACCUUGCAUCAAUCUCAACAGGAACAGUAGCAGAAAUCCUAUCAUUGAUACCCAAACUACGUCUACUGAAAUUGCAGUACCACAUAUCACUGUCACUGCUUAGCCCUUGGUGCAUACCAUAUUUUUUGUAACGCAUGUACUGAUUUUCGCGUUUCAAACUGCACUUGUUGAAUUUCACACGAGUUAAGAAGAUUUGCCAAUGAAUUGAGUAGCGGGCACAAAAGUACUUUGCAAAAGUACGCUGCUGCAUUUUUUCGCCCUCCUGUCGGAAAACGACUACUUUUGUCCCUAAUUUUAGGUCAAAAAAACGCGCAAAUCGUGCAUGUGUUGCAAAAAGCUCUUUUGUGGUGUGAGAUUGAUAUCAAAGCUAUGUAAAGACAUUCCCCCCGCGUAAAGUAAUGACACCUCACUCGAGUAACGAAACGGAACCCCAACCCCGAGACCUUAAGGGGGCACUUUUAGCAUCCGUAAAAGUUGUAUCGAUGACAUCAUUUUAAAAAACGCAAAAAAGCGAUUUCCAAAUAUAGAAACGUGGCUAUAAAAAAUAAACAAGUCGAUCAUGCAAAAAAUAAACGAUUUUUCACGUUUUAGACACAAAAACCAUAAUAAUUAGCUGUAUUACUUUAUAAUCUGUUGCUUAUAAGCUGAGAUCUAGGUGUAUGCACACACACCUACACCAGCACAUUUUUCAAACUUCAUAUAUUUUGCAUAAUAUACCUUAAUUACAUCUAACAUGAUUUUACGAAAACUUCAUACAUUACUAUUACAAAGAUUCCUCUAUGAAAAAGAAAAAAGAGAACUGGUUAAUCGAUUUUGUAUUUACAUUGCAUAAAAAAGUUCCAGUGCAGGCAAGCGGCGAUCGUGACGGCACUCUGCAAAUAAUAUUUUGUUUACAAAACUUUCACCGAGAAAUAACGGGAAUUAUCAGCUCUCAAGAGCUUGAGCAUUACAAGUUAGAUCGCGUCAGCGAUUGAUCGUGCAAUCAUCAGGUUCGCUUAGACAUAAAAGCCCGAGCGCGGGGCUAGAGCCGUCACACGUAUACUUGCGAGCACGAAGCAUUUAACAGUGCCUGUGCUUAAAGAGAAACUAUCAAUUGUUUUAUUACUUGCACCUAGAGAUGGCAGUGUCAAAGUUACUUCUGUUAGUUUGUGUGGCGGCCUUUGGCAUUUCGCUCACAUCGGCAAAAUCUUGGGGAUUAGAUAUUUGCCGUCCACCAGGUUUUAUUUGCUCGGAAUCAAGUGAAUGUUGCGAACCAUUGAUUUGUAACAUAUGGGCUGGUCGUUGUACUAAACCAAAACCAACUACUCCAAAUCCAUCUGGCACUACUGCGGAAGACUGUACACCAGCUGGAGCUAUCUGUAAUGCAAACGAUGAGUGCUGUCCUGGAACAAUUUGUAACGUAUGGGCAGGACGUUGCACAAAGCCAAAGACCACCACACCAGCUCCAUCCACUGAAGGAAGUACAACCGAAGGAAACAGCGGUGAAAACUCAACCGAAGGAAACAGCGGAGAAAGCACAACUGGUGGAAACAGCGGCGAGAACUCAACCGAAGGAAACAGCGGUGAGAACUCAACCGAAGGAAACAGCGGAGAAAGCACAACUAGUGGAAACAGCGGCGAGAACUCAACCGAAGGAAACAGUGGUGAGAACUCAACCGAGGGAAACAGCGGAGAAAGCACAACUGGUGGAAACAGCGGUGAAAACUCAACCGAGGGGAACAGCGGAGAAAGCACAACUGGUGGAAACAGCGGUGAGAACUCAACUGAGGGAAACAGCGGAGAAAGCACAACUGGUGGAAACAGCGGUGAAAACUCAACCGAGGGGAACAGCGGAGAAAGCACAACUGGUGGAAACAGCGGUGAGAACUCAACCGAGGGAAACAGCGGAGAAAGCACAACUGGUGGAAACAGCGGUGAGAACUCAACCGAAGGAAAUAGUGGUGAAAACUCAACCGAAGGAAACAGCGGUGAGAACUCAACCGAGGGAAACAGCGGAGAAAGCACAACUGGCGGAAACAGCGGUGAGAACUCAACCGAGGGAAACAGCGGAGAAAGCACAACUGGUGGAAACAGCGGUGAGAACUCAACCGAAGGAAACAGUGGUGAGAACUCAACCGAAGGAAACAGCGGUGAGAACUCAACCGAGGGAAACAGCGGUGAGAACUCAACCGAAGGAAACAGCGGUGAGAACUCAACCGAGGGAAACAGUGGUGAAAAUCCGACUGGUGGAAACAUUGAAGAAUAGAUAAUUGGAGAUUUCAGGUUUUGAGAAGAAAGCACUAUUCCAGAAUCUGGUGGAGCACAGUCAUUUACCGACGACACAUAUAAUUCGGCGAAAUAGCACGCUACUCAAGUAUCAGAGCAAAUUCAUUAGUGUUUAUUAGUGUUUUUCAAUUAUUCUAUUCCAUAAAGGACUCAUUAUAUGUUCUCUCUGA